CUUUAAUUUUCCCCGUUCGAAUCCUCUGGUUUCCGUCUCUCCUCGCUUCCUCCUUCGAUUCGAGCGUUCGCCGAUUGCAUUGCCAUGGACAAGAAGAUCACUCUGUUGAGCUCCGACGGCGAGGCGUUCGAGGUGGACGCUGCGGUGGCCAUGAAGUCGCAGACCAUCAAGCACAUGGUCGAGGACAACUGUGCAGAGGACGCGAUCCCCCUCCCCAACGUCACCUCCAAGAUCCUCGCCAAGGUCAUUGAGUACUGCCAGAAGCACGUCGAUGACCCCGCCGAGUCUUCCGACGACAAAGAAGAACUCAAGUCUUGGAGUGCCAAAUUCGUUGACGUCGACCAGCCAACCCUAUUCGAUCUCCUCUUGGCUGCAAACUACAUGGACAUCAAGGGGCUGUUGGAUUUGCUAUGUCAGACUAUAGCUAAUAUGAUCACGGGGAAGACUCCUGAAGAGAUUCGCAAGACAUUCAACAUCAAAAACGACUUCACCCCCGAGGAAGAGGCAGAGGUUCGCAAGGAGAACCAGUGGGCCUUUCAGUAAAUCUUGGGCGACGCAUUUGCUCUGUUUAUUAUGCCUUCUCUCGUGCAUUUUGUUAUUAGAUAUUGUUUUUAGAACUCAUAUUCUCUUGCAUAUUUACUAUCAGUUUAAUCUUA